AUGGACCCGGAUCUUAUGUAUGGUUCCUCCACACCAUUGAUUCGUGCGUCUCAGAACGGCCACGUGGAUGUUGUGCGUUUGCUCCUGGAGGCCAGCGCUCAGACGGAUUUGCAUCGCGAUCGGGGCGAGACAGCACUGAUGGAUGCAGCAGGCGGCGGUCAUUCUCAAGUCGUGCAGCUACUCCUGGAGGCCGGAGCUCAGAAGGAUCUGCCUGAUCUAGAGAACAGCACGGCGCUCAUGUAUGCAGCUUUCAACGGUCGUGAUGCAGUGGUGCGGUUGCUUCUUGAGGCGGGCGCUCAGAAGGAUCUGCGUGACGAAGAUGGCCGCACAGCGCUGAUGGACGCAGCAAGCGAAGGUCAUGUUGCAAUCGUCCACGCUCUCUUGGAGGCCGGCUCUCAGAAGGAUGUUCCGGACAACGUGGGCGGCACCGCGCUGAUGACUUCAGCUUUCAACGGCCAGUCUCCCGUCGUGCAGUUGCUGCUGGAGGCCAGAGUUGACAAGGAUGUGCGCGACGAUUAUGGAAAGACAGCUUUGACAUAUGCCGCCGAACGCCAGUUCAAGGAUGUCCAGCGAUUGCUCGAGGCCGCUGAAAACGCCCGCACGAGCUGA